UAUAAAUUCGGUUUCUUUACUCCCUCGCUCUACUCUCUACAACGGCUACGCUCUCUCCCUCUGGCUCUCGGUCUCGCUCUCCGGUUCUGCAUCGUGAGAGUCUGAGUUGAAAAUGGCGAUUCGUUUAGGGUUUCGCGUGCGGAUUUCGCUGUUCCAGGUAUUGUUUCUUGUAUUUAUAAUAAGUGCAGAGAGGUCUGACACCCGAUUUCUUUUGACAUCCAAUGCCUCAGCUGGGGAAAGACAUUCUGAAGAAUAUUGUGCAAUGUAUGAUAUUUGUGGGAAGCGUAGUGAUGGAAAAGUAUUGAACUGUCCUUAUGGUUCCCCAUCUGUGAAGCCAGAUGAUCUGCUUUCAUCAAAGAUCCAAAGUAUGUGUCCAACCAUCAGUGGUAAUGUUUGUUGUACAGAAGCUCAAUUUGACACAUUACGGACACAAGUCCAACAAGCAAUUCCUUUUCUUGUAGGCUGUCCAGCAUGCCUGAGGAAUUUUUUGAAUUUGUUCUGUGAGCUUACCUGCUCUCCCAAUCAGAGUUUAUUUAUCAAUGUGACUUCUGUUUCCAAGGUUAAUAACAAUUUGACUGUGGAUGGGAUUGAAUUUAUUAUAACUGAUGCUUUUGGUGAAGGGUUGUAUAACUCUUGUAAGGAUGUAAAGUUUGGUACAAUGAAUACUCGAGCAAUUGACUUUAUUGGUGCUGGAGCUAAAACUUUUAAAGAAUGGUUUGCUUUUAUUGGUACACGUGCAGCCCCCAGUGUGCCAGGUUCACCAUAUGCCAUUAAUUUCCAACCAAGUAUUGCUGAGUCAUCUGGGAUGAAACCUAUGAAUGUAUCCACAUAUUCAUGUGGUGACAAUUCACUGGGAUGUUCUUGUGGUGAUUGCCCUUCAGCUUCUGUCUGCUCUGGUUAUGCUCCUCCUUCCCUACACAAAGAGGGUUCAUGUUCAGUGAGAAUUGGGUCCCUUAAGGCCAAAUGCAUUGAAUUUUCUUUGGCAAUCCUAUAUAUCAUACUGGUUACUAUCUUUUUUGGAUGGGGUUUGUUUCAUCGAACUAGAGAAAGGAACCCAGCUCCUAGAAUGAAACCAAUGCUAAAUGUCAUGGAUGGUAGUGAGCUCCAUUCCAUGAACAGGCCAAAGGAUGAGAAUCUCUCUUCACAGAUGCUUGAGGAUGUUCCCCAAAUUAGAAAUGGGGUUCAACUUUCAAUUGUGCAAGGAUACAUGUCAAACUUUUACAGGAGAUAUGGAACAUGGGUCGCUAGACAUCCCACCAUCAUGUUGUGUUCGUCAUUGGCUAUAGUUCUUGUACUUUGUUUAGGUCUAAUUCGUUUUAAGGUGGAGACACGACCUGAGAAGCUAUGGGUGGGUCCUGGGAGUAAAGCUGCAGAAGAGAAACAAUUUUUUGAUAGCCACCUAGCUCCUUUUUACAGAAUUGAACAGCUCGUAUUAGCGACAAUUCCAGAUGCAAAUGGCAUAUCACCAAGUAUUGUGACAGAGAACAAUAUCAAGUUACUUUUUGAAAUACAAAAGAAGGUUGAUGGUCUUCGUGCAAAUUUUUCUGGUUCUAUGAUAUCUCUGACUGACAUUUGCAUGAAGCCACUUGGCCAGGAUUGUGCCACUCAAAGUGUUCUACAGUAUUUCAAAAUGGAUUCCAGAAAUUAUGAUGAUUAUGGAGGAGUUCAACAUGUUGAAUAUUGCUUUCAGCAUUAUACAUCUGCAGAUACAUGUAUGAGUGCAUUUAAAGCACCACUAGAUCCUAGCACUGCACUAGGGGGUUUCUCUGGGAAUAAUUAUUCUGAGGCUUCUGCAUUUAUAGUAACGUAUCCUGUGAAUAAUGCAAUUGACAAAGAAGGCAAUGAAACUGGGAAAGCAGUGGCUUGGGAAAAGGCCUUCAUUCAGAUAGUGAAGGAUGAUCUAUUGCCAAUGAUGCAAUCUAAAAAUCUAACGCUUUCCUUUUCAUCCGAAAGCUCAAUUGAGGAGGAAUUAAAAAGAGAAAGUACUGCAGAUGCCAUAACUAUAUCGAUAAGCUAUCUCGUUAUGUUUGCUUACAUAUCUUUGACUUUGGGUGAUACACCUCGUCUAUCUUCUUUUUACAUUUCAUCCAAGAUAUUCCUUGGUCUUGCAGGAGUUAUGCUUGUCAUGCUCUCUGUUCUUGGAUCAGUUGGAUUCUUCAGUGCCAUCGGAGUGAAAUCUACACUAAUCAUUAUGGAGGUCAUUCCUUUUCUUGUUCUGGCCGUUGGUGUUGAUAACAUGUGUAUACUGGUACAUGCUGUUAAACGGCAACCAUUGGAGUUGCCUUUGGAAGGACGAAUAAGUAAUGCACUUGUGGAAGUUGGACCAUCCAUAACACUUGCUAGCCUUGCUGAGGUUUUAGCAUUUGCUGUUGGAACUUUUAUUCCUAUGCCAGCAUGCCGUGUGUUCUCUAUGUUUGCUGCAUUGGCCGUUCUUUUGGACUUCCUUCUGCAAGUUACUGCAUUUGUUGCAUUAAUCGUUUUUGAUUUUUUGAGAGCUGAGGAUAGAAGAAUUGAUUGUUUUCCCUGUAUAAAAAUUUCUUCAUCAUAUGCUGAUUCAGAUAAAGGUAUUGGUCAGAGAAAACCUGGACUGCUGGCACGAUAUAUGAAGGAGGUCCAUGCACCUAUUCUCAGUCUUUGGGGAGUCAAAUUAGUUGUCAUUUCCGUCUUUGUGGCUUUUGCAUUGGCUAGCAUUGCAUUAUGUACAAGAAUCGAACCUGGUUUGGAACAGAAGAUUGUUCUUCCUCGGGACUCAUAUCUUCAGGGGUAUUUCAAUAAUGUUUCAGAGUAUCUCAGAAUUGGACCACCUCUAUAUUUUGUUGUGAAGAACUAUAAUUAUAGCUCAGAGUCAAGACAUACAAAUCAGUUGUGCUCCAUCAGCCAAUGUAAUUCAGACUCUCUUUUAAACGAGAUUGCAAGAGCAUCCUUAAUACCAGAAUCAAGCUACAUAGCUAAGCCAGCUGCUUCUUGGCUUGAUGAUUUUCUUGUAUGGAUAUCACCAGAAGCUUUUGGUUGCUGUCGGAAGUUCACAAAUGGGAGUUACUGUCCCCCUAAUGAUCAGCCUCCUUGCUGUGCUUCUGAAGAUGGUUCUUGUUAUCUGAAUGGAUUAUGCAAGGAUUGCACCACGUGUUUUCGUCACUCAGAUCUGUAUAAUGAUCGUCCAUCUACGGCUCAAUUUAGAGAGAAACUUCCAUGGUUCCUUGCUGCUCUACCUUCUGCUGAUUGUUCUAAAGGUGGACAUGGGGCUUACACCAGCAGUGUGGAAUUGAAAGGCUUUGAGAGUGGAAUUAUUCAAGCAUCAAGUUUUCGUACAUAUCACACCCCCCUCAACAAGCAAAUUGACUAUGUUAAUUCAAUGAGGGCUGCACGAGAGUUCACGUCAAGGGUUUCUGAUUCUUUGAAGAUUCAGAUCUUUCCUUAUUCAGUGUUUUAUAUGUUUUUCGAGCAAUACCUUGACAUAUGGAGGACAGCAUUGAUCAACCUUGCUAUUGCUAUUGGUGCGGUAUUUAUUGUCUGCUUAGUUAUCACGUGCAGUUUAUGGAGCUCAGCAAUCAUUUUACUAGUAUUGGCAAUGAUUGUUGUGGAUCUUAUGGGAGUAAUGGCAAUUUUGAAUAUCCAACUGAAUGCACUCUCUGUUGUGAACCUUGUAAUGGCAGUGGGCAUUGCUGUUGAGUUUUGUGUGCAUAUAACACAUGCUUUCUCGGUAAGCAGUGGAGAUAGAAACCAACGCAUGAAGGAGGCUUUGGGUACAAUGGGUGCUUCUGUCUUCAGUGGGAUUACACUCACAAAGCUAGUUGGAGUUAUCGUUCUUUGCUUCUCCAGGACUGAAGUUUUUGUGGUGUAUUACUUCCAAAUGUACCUGGCCCUGGUCCUUCUUGGCUUUUUGCAUGGGCUUGUAUUUUUACCUGUUGUAUUGAGCAUGUGUGGUCCGCCUUCAAGAUGUGUGUUAAUAGACAAGCGAGAAGAUCAGCCAUCUCCAUCAUCGCAGCUAUAAGUAGCUGUUAUGGAGCACCAAAAGAGCUCUUUUUGUAGGGUUAGAAUCCUGUUGUUUUAAUAUUUUGCUAUUGAAUGUAUAAUCAGUGUAAGGACCUAUUGAACUAGCUUUGUCAUGUGUAAAUUAUAAAUAUGAUAUUCCGAAAAGAAAAAGGAAAAAUAUAUUGUCAUAUGGUGAGAGAAGGUAGCUCGGGAGGAGGAGUAAGGCCUUUCUCUGAGGCCCAAGGCCUAGCCCGGCCUAGAGCAGGCCAGGCCUAAGCCUACUACCGCUGGGAAAGGUUCAGCCCAAUUCCCAUCUCCCGUUGACAUUCCCCAGUCCAUCUCCCAUCUCAAGGUUUUUAAAUAUUC